GCUCGCGCUGGAGAUUCAGGGCAACAGUGUGAGGAAACAGUGAACGAAAGCCAGUGUAGUGUGUCAGACCAUACUGGAGGCUGAGCUGAGAAGCCCAGGAGUCAUUACUGUAAAGAAGUUCGUCUUGGAAAUCUUCAAAAAAAAAAAAUUUAAGAUAACAUUUGAACUGACAGGAGUUGUUUCUCCCAGGACAACCUGCCCACAUCCACAGGCUGAGUGGUCAUUGAGUGGUGUGUAAGUGGUAUAUCGUCACUUGUUUGCCAUGGACAUCUGCAACCUUGAUGACCUCUUUCUGUGAACAUAUGUGCUUCUUGGAUACGGAAAGAAGUACCAAUAACAGUAGUCUGGCUUUCAAGACUCCAUCAUGCACAACUAGUCCUCUUGCCUAUCCAGAGGUGUCUCCUACGUGUGCUCUAAUACUUGUACCUCUGUAAGAACAACAACAGGAAAGAAGAAAAAAUGGUGGCAUCAGUGCCAGUGCAAUAUGGUGUCUGCUAUAAGGUAUUGGCUCCUGAGUGUGCCUAAGUUUGUAAUGUGAUGUAUGUGUUUGUGAGCUAAUUAUUAAAACUGACCUAGUCCUAGAUGAGGUGCUCCAAAUACCUUAAUCUGGCUUUAACCUGUGUGCCUGUGUUUUUGAAACUAAUUCAGCAUCAGCUCUCUUGCCUGCUAAUACUCAGCAUUUGUUGGUUUAAAGGUAAAUAUUCUAGGAUAUCAGUUUUUUUACUGACCAGUUAAGCCAUGAAGAAACAUGUGUUUAAUUUGCAUAAAUUGUUGUGGGGAAAUUGUAGCUACCUGAUGUAGUCAUGAUGUCCUCUUUAACUGUAGCUACCUGAUGUAGUCAUGAUGUCCUCUUUAACUGUAGCUACCUGAUGUAGUCAUGAUGUCAUCUUUAACUGUAGCUACCUGAUGUAGUCAUCUUCUGUAGACUCAUCAUGUGCUGUUUUGUAGUUAUGUUGAUUCUUCAGUCAUUUACCUGACUGCGUCUGUGGGCUGUUGUUUGUCUGAAUGUGAUUAAAGAGUGAGUUCAUAGUUUUCAUUUGAAAUAAAAUUCUAUUUAAAAGAAAUCAUUGAAAAGAGUUUGCACAGAUACGCAUUUAAGUGCAUGGAAAUUGGCGGGCGGUUGAGACAUCUGGUGUUGUCUCAAUCGAGAUGAAGAUAAAGAUUUAAUCAUCUAAAUAUUUGGGAUGAUUUUUGGCUCGGAUGCUCAUGUACACCAGAGACAUUCCAAUCUAUCAAUGUAUCAUCAUGCCUCUAUCACAGUCCAUUUCUAUGUAAUGUAAUAUUUUUGUCUGAAGCUUUUAUUCAUUCAUUUAUGUUCUGUAACUGCUUUAUCCUGUGGCAUAAAUAUACUUCUGGUAGAUUUUUUUUCUUGUUGUUGGUCAAGAGCCUAUAGCACAAUUCGAGUCCCACAUUUCAUUGUGUGCUUUUAUGCAGAUUGCAGUGGAUUCACUUUCACCGGGGGGAUGACUAUGUGCACUAGAAAAUAAAGAGCACAUUUGGCAGGCAGUGCUGAAGUGGUUGCUGUGUUAUUGCAUACCACGGUGUUAGGCGUGGAGGAAAAGCUGAUGACGCACAUUGAGGGGGAAAUGCACUUUUUUGCUUCAAGAGAGGCGUUCUGGCCAUGAGUCAUGCACGCACAAUACAGUACAUGUGCAGCAACCCUCUAUUUAAAUGUUUACUCAACCAGUGCUUUUACCCCUUAAAGCAGUAUAAAGAAGGGUCUGUAUACUGUCUGUACACGUCACUGUCACUAUUCGUUGAGGCUUGGUUAACCAUUAUAAUAGACCAGGACUAUGUAACAAAAAUAAGUCUGGGCAAUAAGAUAAUAUAAUAUUGAUAUCAUGAUAUAUCACAAUAUGAUUUUUCGGGUUGUUGUAGAUAUUUACUUUAAAAAUAAAUGUAAUUACAUUUAUUAUUAUUAUUUACAUGUAACUGAUUGCAGAUGGGUGGUGAAGGCAAGACUGACCGGAAAAAGCCAUCGGACGUCACUAGAGAUGAAUUGUUGAAAGCAAAUCAGGUUUUGACCAGAAUUUCGUUUUUCAGCCAAGAAUAUACUUUGAAACCUCUACCUAAAGAAAACAUGAAUAUAUUUUAUACAAAAAGAUAUGAAAAGGAUUUAACUUGGGUUAUUUUCUAACCUUGCCUAGUUGUGAGGAGUGUGAGAACAUUUGAGGAGUCUAAUAGAUGCAGUAGUAAAAACAAUUAGUCUGCAUAAGACGUCAAAAACCUUGGUAGUUAAGUGUCAUAUCAGGUCAUAACCUGAUACUGGCUAUCAAAAUGUCUGCGAUGCACCUGGUCAUAUCUUCAUCAAAACGAAGAGAGCUUACACACUUUGUACAGAUGACAGAGGAUGUUUGUCAAAACAUGAAAUGGCCUAAUAACUGACAGUAAUAGCAAGAACUAGUCAACAGAACUGACUGAAUUAAUUACUGAGUUUAUCUCCACCAAUGUUAGAUCGGUUAGAGAUCAGUCAGGUGAAGAAAGGAUGAUGAGAGCCCAUAAGUGUCUUUUACCCCAGGUGAUUUGACAGACUGGUGUGAUGCUGAUAGUCAUAGUGGUAACUCAUUUCCCAUUUUAAAGAUGUAGAAAAGUUUACAAUGUGUAAGAAAAUGCUUUUAUCCUGAUCGGGGUCUCUGUGGAUCCGGAGAUUAUCUUGGUAACACUUGAUGCGAGGCUUUUUGGAACACCUUCUAUCAGUUGUGAAUUAGCAAGUUCGCAAAAAAUUGCCAACCACAGUAUCUUUUCAAACUGUUGUUCCAGCGGUGUUAUAGAGUUGCUGAUUGUAGUCAGUCAAGAGUGCCUGCUGCCUUCUCCCGUUUUACACAAGUGGCUGAUCGAUAGAGAAUGCCAAGCUUCCCACUCGGAGGACAGGACCAGUUGUGCUCUCUCUGCCACCUGCCUGUGGAUGACUAUGACAUCAUAGAAUUUAGGAUCUCCUGACAAUAGUGCAAAUGGUGUCCCUCUUGUUUCAUUUGUCCUCCUUUGAUUGUUGAAUUAUUUUGAGAUUAUUAAUUAAACUGGGCAGCAGGCUAGUUUUUUCAGUACCAUUCAUUGUUGGAUCAAGAAAGUUUUGUCGGAACUGUCUCAAAUAAAUCUAAAAUCUCCACCAGCAAAGUUGGUUGUCUUGUCGUGAAUUGUGGACGCAGACUGAUAACUCAUUAUACCCACUAACUCAUGAUACCCAUUACUCAAUGUAUUUUUUUUUUUUAAAUGAAGUGGACAAGCUAUACCAGGAUUCUAUACCAUAUGCUGUAUCCUGUAUAUCUAGUAAGGAGCAAUUUGGAAUUCAAAUGUUAGACCCUGGAAAAGUGUGAACUGUUAAGAGAGAAACAAAAGAAAAUGAAUAAAUUUUCCUUCAAUUUAAAACAAUAUAAUAAACAGUUGAUCUUAAAUAGCCUCGUCAUACUAAAUAACAAAAUGGUUAAAAGUUUAGUGAGAAAUCAUGGUAGUGUAGCAUGUAGAAAUGCUGCCUCACAGCUUUAGGUCCCUGUUUCAGUCCUGAGCUCGAGGUUACUGUCUGUGUGGAGUUCCACAUGUUCUCACCUUGUAUGUUUGGGUUCUCUGAUUUUCCUCUGCGUGUGCACGCGUGUAUGUGUGUGCGUAUUAGAAAGAGAGAUUUCCUCUGUUGGACAAGUGUCCCAUCUACGGUGUAUUUCUGGAUAUGCUUCGGAUCCACUGUGAACUUGAGGCUGAAUGAAUUGCAUAGUAUAAGGCCUAGUUCAUGCAGGCUUUUAAAAGAAUGAGUGAGAAAAUCAAUGAAAAAAUAGUAAACGUGAAUAUAAAACACUGUAAGUACAGCAUGUGGAUUAAUGUUAGGGUUCCCUUUUCCAUUUUUCACAAGAACCAUUUAUUUCAUGGUCUAUGGAAAAUAGACAAAAUGGAAAUUCCAGCUUAGAAAGAAUUUAUGAAGACAGAAUGCCCUCAGCAUAGUAUGACAUGAUUUGUUUUCCAUUAAUUAAAAAAAAAAAAUACAAAGACUUCUUGUUCCUUUGGUACUGAUUAUAACUUGAAGCAAAGCAGUCAUGCCCUGAUCAUCAGUUGGAUCCCUAGAAUGAAUUACCUAAAGCCUUCCUGUAAUUGUUUUCCUAUUAGACCAUUACGGAACUGAUAGCUGAAGCUCUCAGCGUGGGAAAUGGCAGGGGAUCUAGACAGAGAAAAAAAAGAAUUAAUUGCGUUUUUCCAUUUUACGUACUAAAGCUCAGUUCUCAGGAAUCCCAAAGUCCUAUGUAUCUUGAAUCAAGUUCAAAUGUUAUUAUUUUGUCAAAGAUUUAUUAUUUUAAUGUGGCAAAGCCAAUGGAAAGAAUUAAUGUACCUGUCUCUGUCCCUAAUGAAUAGCUUGUUUGGCCAAGUGACUGCACACACAUGCAUUGACGUAAAAGGAAAUUGGCCAGUUGCUUCUCUCUCAGCAGAAUCACAGCACACCAUGACCUCAUUUUCCAACACCAAGUUAUCUGAAUGAUCAUUUAAUCUGAAAGUUCACAGUGUUGAAAAAGACCAGUGAUAUUGAGGUUUGACUCUCAGUUUUGAACUGUUUAAACUUAUUUGCUAUUUUAUCAGCAUAACUGCAAGGAAUUCAGCAUAAGUGACCAUGACGAUGAUAUGUCAUAUUACAUUACAUUACAUUACAUUUAUGGUAUUUGGCAGACGUCCUUAUCCAGAGCGACGUACAUUUAUCUCAGUUAUACAUCUGAGCAAUUGAGGGUUAAGGGACUUGCUCAAGGGCAAUGGCAAUGAUGGUGUUGGAGUUUGAACUAACGACGUCCUGAGCAGAAGAACAACACCUUAACCACUGAGCUGCACUGCCCUGUCUUAUAUAUUGUGGGAUCUUGUGCAGUGGGGUCUGGUUGCUGGGUGUUUGUAUUACGAAUAGAAAAAUGGUUCUGGGGUUUUACUCUCAGAGGGUGGGUGGAAGUUUCUAACAAUUUCUGUCUAUCUCAAUGUAAUCAUCAGGAACCUGCAGCCAGUCCAUUUUAGUUCUAUUCCAUCAAGCUAGAUCUUGGUAAUUAGGAUUUAAAUGAAAAGUCGCCACUGUGCUGAGAACUAAUAUCAUACCAGACCCACGGAUUCAAGGGAUGUGUACUUGGCUCAGUAUUUUUGGGAUGUGCAAGAAAAAUCUUCCAACUGACUCGUAGCUGGAGCUGGGUUCCAAAUGUAGGUUAUCUGGUCCUCUGCAUUGUUAGAGAAAUACUGGCCUGGUGAAGUUUGCUGGUUUGUACUGUCACCUACUGUAACAUAACACAGUAUGUGGAUAAAGCACGUCCUACAGACAUUACUGGUGUUCAUUUUGAUACAGCUAAAUGUAUUUUGACUGAAACUUCUCCAUUGCUGGGAUUUUUGAUUUUCUGAGCAGGUAUUUUACCUCUUAAUGCCUGUGGCAUGGGUUUUUCAAUCUCUUAACAUAAGGCUGUACUGUUUGAUUUGCUUGUUCCGUCAUACCAAGAAAUUUAACCAUACUUGCCUUAAUGAACAUGCUUGAGAAGUUUACAAUCCUAAGACUAGCCUUGAUUUAAUUGUACAUACACAAUCUUACACUGCCAUGAAGUCCAAUGAUGUUUACUCUGAUUAUAUUACCAACCAUGCUAAACUUCACACAUUUUGCAUAGGAGCUGUACAAUUUUACCACUAUCAAUAUACACAAAUUUAUGAUCAAAAAUGGUAAGAAAUGCCACUUUCUUUUUGUUCGAUAGAGAAAAAAUGUGAAAAUGAAAUAAAAAAAUUAGAAAAAAAGAAAAAAAAUUCUUACCUAAAUAAAUAUUGAAUAGGCUUACCACAGAUCUGCAAACAAGUCUUUUUUCACCCUCUUCUACAGUUACUGGGUGACUCUCUACGUUUGUUUCUGCAGGAAGGUUCUGUUGCGAAGUUGGCAUCCAGAGCUAGCAAUUUCCAUCUGGAUGCUAUGUCUACUCCUCUGAUUAAAACAUGUCUUCUUUCUCCAUACCCACACAUAGGUGCUGCAAAUGCAGGAAAUGACUAGAAGGAUUCACAGGGGCCCUGGAACAUGAGCCAAUGGAGUGGAUUGGAAAAUCAUUGUUGCUGUGGUGGUCAUCUGAUUGAGAAAACAGUAAAUUCCAAGCUAACAGGAUACCCAGGCCCAAUUUGAUUCCAUAUUGUGUCUCAACACCAUUGAGAAGAUGGAGGAAUUUUCUUAAUCACCGCACAAAUGCAGAAGUCCAUCUCCAUGUCUGAAGACACGAACUCAAAACCAUAUCUAUUUUCCUCUCUGGAGGCCCAGGACCAGGCCAUUGGCUGCAGUUCCAUGGCAACACUUCAUCGCAUUAGCAGUUUUGCAGAGGCAGGAGAGCUUGGACUGGCCUCAGAGGGCAGUGACAGCAGCAGUCAGGACCCUUCUGCCUCACCCCACAGUGACCGCAAGAUGGCACACUCCUUGCAUGAGGAUGUGGAGAUGAAGAGCAGUGGUUCCAGUGGAAGUGGGACUGAAUCACAAGGAAAUGAGUCACAUGGCAAUGAGUCGCAUGGAAACUCAUCGAACGGGAAUGAAUCGACCGGAAGUUCCAAUGGCAAUAGCAAGGAUUCAGCCCUUUUGGAAUCAUCAGGGAGCAACAAGAGCUCCAACUCUCACAGUCCCUCACCUCCCAGCAGCUCCAAUGCCUUUAGUCUACUCAGUGCAAGUUCUGAACAGGACAACCCUUCUACUAGCGGAUGCAGUAGUGAAGAGUCUGCCAAGGCAAAAACACAGAAGGAACUGAUAAAAACCCUCAAAGAGCUGAAGCUCCAUUUGCCAGCAGAUAAAAGGAACAAGGGCAGUAAAUCCACCACCCUGAACACCCUGAAGUAUGCCCUUCGAUGUGUCAAACAGGUUGAAGCUAAUGAGGAGUACUACCAGUUGCUUAUGAUCAAUGACAGCCAGCCAUCUGGCCUGGAUGUAUCCUCAUAUACGAUAGAAGAGAUUGACAGCAUCACGUCAGAAUACACACUGAAAAAUACAGACAUCUUUGCAGUGGCAGUAUCUCUGAUCACGGGCAAGAUUGUAUACAUCUCAGAUCAAGCGGCAUCCAUUCUCAACUGUAAGCGGCACGUGUUCAAGAAUGCCAAGUUUGUGGAGUUUUUAACACCACAGGACGUCAGUGUGUUCUACAGCUUCACCACACCAUAUAGGCUGCCAUCUUGGAGCAUGUGUACAGGAGCUGAAUCUUCACCUUCUGACUGCAUGCAGGAAAAGUCAUUCUUCUGCCGCAUCAGUGGAGGUAAGGACUGUGAAGGGGACUUGCAGUUCUACCCAUUCCGUAUGACUCCUUAUCUAAUGAAGGUGCAGGACACAGAGCACACUGAAGACCAGUUCUGCUGCCUUCUGCUGGCUGAAAGAGUGCAUUCCGGCUAUGAAGCUCCAAGGAUCCCAACGGACAAACGCAUCUUCACUACCACACACACACCAAGCUGUGUGUUUCAGGAUGUCGAUGAAAGGGCUGUCCCAUUGCUUGGAUAUCUACCACAAGACCUGAUUGGUACACCAUUACUCCUGCACUUGCACCCAAAUGACAGGCCAUUGAUGCUCAGCAUUCACAGGAAGAUCUUGCAGUACGCUGGUCAGCCAUUUGACCACUCAUCCAUUCGUUUCUGUGCUCGAAAUGGAGAGUACAUCACCUUAGACACCAGCUGGUCCAGCUUCGUCAACCCCUGGAGCCGUAAAGUGUCCUUUGUCAUUGCACGACACAAAGUCCGCAUGGGUCCCGUAAAUGAGGACGUCUUUGCAGCUCCAGCCACAGCUGAGGGUAAAACAGUGGACUCGGAUAUCCAGGAUAUCACAGAACAGAUUCAUCGGCUACUGCUUCAGCCAAUACAUAAUAACGGCUCGAGCGGCUAUGGAAGCCUAGGCAGUAACGAUCAUCUGGUGAGCGUGGCCUCAUCCAGCGAGAGCAAUGGAAAUGCAGCCCAUCCACACGUGGACGACGAAGAAGGUCGAGCCAAACCUAGAACGUUUCAGGAGAUCUGUAAAGGUGUUCAUAUGCAGAAGAACCAGGGACAGCAAUUCAAAAAGAGUCCAGGCACAGAACCUCUCCAGAAGAGUCCAGUAGUUCGGCUGAAAGACUCCGCAUUCCCAGUUAACUUGAGAGAGAGUACGGAGGAGCAGCAAGCCACCAUACAGGAAGAACUCACAUUAAAAGAUCAGACUGUCUACUCGUACCAGCAGAUCAGCUGCCUGGACAGUGUAAUUAGGUAUUUAGAGAGCUGCAAUGUGCCUAUCACGGUGAAACGUAAAUGCCGGUCGUCCUCCAAUACCACUUCCUCUAACUCAGACGAAGACAAACAGAAGGCAGUUGAAAGCUCUAUGCAGGUGGCUGAAGCACCUGGACACCUGAAGUCCCAAGCUGGUCUUUCUUCUCUGGAUGUGUCGAAGAAGCCGAGCAGCUCAGGCGUGGUGGGCACCUCGCUCACUCCCCUGACACUGCCCAGCAAAGCUGAGAGUGUGGUGUCUAUAACCAGCCAGUGCAGCUACAGCAGCACCAUCGUACAUGUGGGGGACAAAAAAACCCAGCCAGAGUCAGAAAUCAUAGAGGAUGGCCCCAGUGCUGGAGACAUAGCAGAAGGCCCCACUGCAGCCACUCCUCCUGCCACAGUUAUACCUCCCAGCCAGGAAAGAGAAGCAUAUAAGAAACUAGGCCUGACUAAGCAGGUGCUGGCAGCACACACACAGAAAGAAGAGCAAGCCUUUCUCAACCGCUUGAAGGAGCUAAGGGGAGUUCACACUUUCAAAGCAGACUACCUGGAGAAGCAGAAAGGACAGGCCACGUCCGAUGCUGGACAGUAUCAUGUUGGUAAGCAGGGGGGGAGAGCAGAACCUGCCACUGGCCGUGGGGGCCGCAACAGAAAGUCCAAAUCCAAGCGCAUCAAACAGAAUGAAUCGUCCGACAGCACCAUCUCACAUCGGAGACAGCUGUUCAGGCAAGAACUGCAAGGACUGAACCAAACUUCAUGGUCUCCUUCAGACACCUCACAGUCUGCUUUUCCUAUCGCGUACCCAGCCGUUGUGCCUGCAUACCCCCUCCAGGUGUACCCAGGGAGCAAUGCCAUGCCCCCCAGGGUGGAUGCCCCACUCUCAGGAUUUGCAGACAGUCAGUGUACCCAAAAUCCACGCUUCCCUGUGCAACCCAUGCAGCCCCAAUUCCCUGCCCCUCUUGUCACACCCAUGGUGGCUCUUGUGCUGCCCAACUACAUGUUCCCACAACUAGGAAAUGCCCCUCGGCAGCCUUUCUACCCUGAGCAGGCUUUGUUCCCACCCACUCAGGUUCCAUUCCAACCCCAGACAACGUUUCCUGUACAGACUCAGUUCACCCAACAAAACCCUUUUCCAACUCAGCCAUUCCCUUUCACACCACUGGACAAGCAACCCAAGCCCGCAGAACCAGAAACGAGGGAGGGGCCUUCACGGAGCUCCACCCCUCAGUCACUGGGUGCACGGGACCAAUCAUCUCCACCCUUGUUCCGGUCACAGUGUAGUUCACCACUGCAGCUCAACCUUUUGCAGCUGGAGGAGAGCCAGCGCUCCAAUGAAAGACAGGAAACCACAGCAACCUCUGCUGGUACUCAGGGGAGCACUGCAGUGGAGAAAGGAGCAAACGCUGGAAUGCAGACCAAGACUGACAUAGAGACAGAAGAUGCAGAUGACAUGCACCACUGUGACACUUUCUCUUUAUCCAGCGAUCUGUUGGAUAUCCUCAUGUUAGAAGACUCUCGGUCCGGCACUGGGUCAGCUACAUCUGGGUCCAUGGGUUCAGCUUUUAAUGGCUGUGGCACGUCAGCUUGUGGAAGUGGUGGAUCUGCUAGUGGAACUGGGAGCAGUCACACCAGCAAUAACAGCAGUAACUACUUUGGCAGUGUGGACUCUUCACAGAAGUCCCUUAAGGCCAAGAGACCAGGAGGUGGCAUUUCAGGGUCCUUGGAGUUAGAGGAGAGUGAGAGUUUGCUCAAAUAUGCCCUGCAGGAUCCUCUGUGGCUACUCACUGCCAAUGUGGACAAGGCUGUAAUGAUGACGUACCAGUUGCCCUCCCGUGAUAUCCAGCAAGUGUUGCGGGACGACUUGGAGAAACUGAGGCAGAUGCAGAAGAGUCAGCCUCGGUUUUCUGAGGCGCAGAAGAGGGAGCUGGCUGAGGUUCACCCCUGGGUGAGAGAAGGAGGAGGUCUACCCAAAGCCAUUAACAUUGAGGCUUGUGUUGGCUGUAAAGGAGUCACAGAGACGCUGGUUGCCGAGGAGCUCCCAGACCUGCACAUGGGGGAAUCUGAAGCCAGUGAUGUCGCAGCCCCCCCUCGUGACCAGAUGCAAUGAAGAGCUUGUACACACACACACACACACACACACACACACACACACACACACACACAGUACUAAUCUGGGAUAGGAUGUUUUUGUAUAUGUUUUUUAAAAAAAUACAACUUGAAUAAUUUAUAUGUUUAGAUGAGGUAGUGAAGAGCAUUGCUUUUGAGGAGCUUUAUGGAGUUCUCUGAUAUGUGCGUCUGUGUGUGUGCGUGUGUUUGUCAGAUGUCUGUCAGUCAAAUUCCUAGACUCCAAUGUGUUCUAAGACAAUGUCCUUGUGACUAAAAAGUAUUUUUGUUUCUUGAAAUCUCUUAAUUAAAUGGUUGUUAUUUUAUAUAUUUAUGUGGAGCUUGAAAACCA